AUGAACAGCGAGUGCAAGAAGGCCGCAAAGAUCUUAACAUCAUUCGUCGAUCCCAAACAAGCAUUCGGCCCUGACAAGGUCAUUCCGCCGGAGAUUUUGGCUGGUGCAAAGGGUCUUGCGGUUCUGACUGUCUUAAAAGCUGGAUUCCUAGGUUCCGGUCGAUUCGGAUCCGGUAUCGUUGUCGCUCGUCUUGGUGAUGGCUCCUGGUCGGCCCCAUCGGCUAUUGCGACUGCAGGUGCCGGAAUUGGAGGACAGAUCGGAUUUGAAUUGACCGAUUUCGUCUUCAUCCUCAACGAUGCCGCCGCUGUUCGCACAUUCUCUCAAGUUGGAACUCUGACAUUGGGUGGUAAUGUAUCGCUCGCUGCUGGGCCGAUCGGCCGAAAUGCCGAGGCAGCCGGGGCUGCCAGUACAAAGGGCGUCGCGGCGGUCUUCUCAUACUCGAAAACGAAGGGCCUUUUCGCUGGUGUCAGUCUGGAAGGUAGCAUGUUGGUAGAACGCAAGGACGCCAAUGAGAAACUGUAUCGCAGUCGCGUCUCCGCCAACCAGCUUCUCACUGGCACUGUUCGCCCACCACCAGCCGCUGAUGCUCUGAUGCGCGUCCUGAACUCCCGCGCCUUCCAAGGAAACUCACGGGCGUACGGUGAUUCCAUGUACAAUGACAUCCCUGUCUACGACGAAAGCCACGAUGACGUAGUCUGGGAGGGGCGAAGGGGCGAUGCGUACGGCCAAGGUAUUCAGCGGGGCAGAUCCAACACCCACGAUAAUGACUACGACUACCGUGACAAGCCGCGCCGAGCGAACACAUGGGCUGACGAUGUUUACGAUCGGCCUCCUGGGGGUCUCGGUCGUUCUGGUACAACCCGGACUCCUACCGGCGAUUCUUACGAUGGCUAUGGGCGAAGCCGAAGCAACACCGUGCCCUUCGAAGAGGACUAUGUCUAUUCUGAUCGGCGGCCUACCCGUCCAACUGCUCCUAAACCCGUUUUUCAGCAAAAGACAGGUGCAGCCCAAUUGCGAUCAGAUCAAGCCAUUGCUCUCUACACGUUCGAUGCUGAUCAGGAAGGCGACCUUGGGUUCAAGAAGGGUGAAAUCAUCACCAUCAUGAAACGCACGGAGAAAGCGGAGGACUGGUGGACUGGUCGCAUUGGCGAUCGUGUGGGCAUUUUCCCCAGUAACUACGUUGAAGCCUCCUAG